AUGAGCACGUUUUCACUAUUUCAGCGUUUAGCGUUUAGGCCUGAAAGCGUUUCCCAUCCCCAUCGCCGGAGCUCAGCGAUCUACCCUGUAAUGCCCGAUCUCCGGAACAUGAAUUUUGUAACAGGUUCAGAUACUUCGGGCCAAGGAGAUGGAGCUCUGAGCUCUCUGCUGAGGCUCGAGCUGUGGGCUGUGUCUGAUGUUCCUCGGUCUCAGGUUGAUACUUGCCGGAACAACUCUUAA